CAGAAUUACAGAUGGGGAGGCCGGGCCCUGCUUUGAUUGUAUCUUUCAGCGGUAUUAAGCACGAUGGUCUUGCUGUAUCCAUGGGCCUGCAAAAGAUGAGACUGGACUCAUUCGGACUGAGUUGAGAUAACUGCAUGCUGGGUUUUCCUGUGAAACUCUAAUAAGCAAGUAGAACUGCAGCAAACACCAGCUCAGACGCACAGCGAGCAGCAUGUUCAGGUACACACCUCCCUGGCAGGUGCUGUGUAACAGCCUGGAUCGUGAUUUUAAGAGACAGGCAUCAACUGUGACAGUCAACCCAUAUGAUUCAUGCACACCCCCCUCAUUAGAGGAGCAGGCUGUGAUUCAUCCCCGUCCUUCUCUGAGACCUCUACUUCCCAGGCCUGCCCCAAACCAUCCACCAGUCCCCAUGACCAGCAACCCAAAGCGUUGGGUAAUAAAGCCCUUCUCCCCUAAGCUAGAGCAGUCGGAUUUGCGCUCCAUAUUGAGCCCUACUGGUCAACCACAGUCGCUAGAGAACACGUGGAGUAGCAGUGAGGAGGGUGACUCUCUCAGGUUCAGUUUGGAAAGCAUAACAGUAACAGGCAUGCAGCCCACUCUGAAGGGGUCAUCUGGCAGUGGUAAAAGCACCCCAGACAUGAUGGUCCAGGCUCGACAAGUGUCUGUGUCUGAGGAUGGAAGUGACAGUGAGGACUGGAUGGCCAGUACCCCAAGCAACCCCAGCAGCCCUGGAACUGCCAGCAGCACAGGCUCACAUGUUGGGUUCUAUUCCUUCGUAGAUGACCCAGCAAGCCCAGAAGCAGAGAUGAAUGAAGUCUACAUGAUUUCUCCAAAAAGACAGGCCAAACUGAAUACCUUGAAGGAGAAGAGCACAUUUAAACUGCAGACGUACACAGAGGAAAAGAGACCUGGAAGGCUAUUCGAAGAAACUAACGGAGAUGACCUUUACAGAGUGAGGGAUGCCUCCACAGUGAAUGAAGAGGAGGAAAAUCAAGAUCGAAUUGAGAUCAUCCGGAAUCAGGCACCCAAGAAUAGCCCUGCCCUUAAAGAGCAGUGGAGUGCCUUGGAAAAUCUAGACCUCAGUAACAUGCCACAAAGGCUCCUGGAUGGGUUUAGUCUACGCUACAAACCAGUGAGUGCAAAGACCGAACAGGCCAGGGUUGAGCCUGGCACCAUAGACAAUGAGCAAAUUGAUUUCAAUGCAGCACGAAAGCAGUUUUUAAUGAUGGAAAGAUCAAAACAGAACCCCUUCCUACAGAGCUCUCAGCCGAUUCCUUACUCCCCUAAAUUGCGAGGACAAUCUCUAUCCUCAACAGCCAACAUCUUCACUACAAAACAAGUAAGCAAAGAGAACAGCCUAGAGGAGAAGCAGAUCCCACUAGCAACACAACAAGAGGCAGAAGUAAAGACUGUAACUGUGACUGAGGCUACAGAAGAUGGUGUUCUGAGUGGUGCCAUAGAUGAUGUUGAUUCUGGUCUUGGUGACCGAAGUGAAGGCUACGCCAAUAAUUGGAGCAUUUCGAACGAACCUUCCAUUUCAGAGAUGGGAAGUAGCUUGACAAUGCUUAGUGCAGAUGAGACUCCCAUUCAAAGGGAAAUCAGAAUUUCCCAACAACGUGAAGAGAGUCUAAGGCGAUCAAGGGGUAUCUUGCGCUCAGACAAUUCAGAGAUGGUGGAGAUUAGGACAAAACCAAUUCUGACCUUGUCGUCUUCACAGGUGAAAGCUGCAAAAGCCAAAGAAACAAACAGAGUGAGUUUCCUUAUUCAGAGAGAGCUUGAACUUGAGAAACAGAGACAUAACACGCAACGUGUUUCAAGUCACCAUAUUCGAGAGAACCAAGUACAGGACAAGAAGUCAUUUGAUUCACAACCCGAUGAAAUUGUAAUCACAUCUAUGAGGACAAGUUUAAGAGAAAGUCUCUCAAAUGAUGUAGAGCAAAUAGCAGUCUCUGAAAAUGACAUGUGGAUUACAGAGCAACCUGUACUAGUAGAUGAAGGUGACAUCUCAGAUUCAAAGGAGGUUCUUUCGCCUUGCUGUCCUCAUCGACAUCCUGAUGAAUCUAUGGUUCAAAGAAACACUGACAGCAGCACUUUUGGAAACCAAGCCCAAACGAGUGCAUAUUCUGAGGAAAACAACCAUUCUGAAGUAAGGGUAUAUAAAGAAAAUGGUGUUGACUGCCAAACCAAUAACCUCAUAACAGAAAAAGAGCCACCCUGGAUUGCAGAAAACGACAACAGCAUGUUAGGAAAGAACAGAUUAUACUCUCCAAAUAUUCCGUCCCCACUGGAUCCCACAAAAAAUAGUUGGUACACUCCUACAAGGAGAUCUCAGCUUGAGCACACCAACUGGAGCCCCAAAAUGCAGAAUGCCCCAGACAGCAUCCGCCAGGAAAUUGAAGAGGACCUCAGGCGUGAACAAGAGCUCCAAGAUCUGAGAGAGUCUUUCUCAGUACUCACCUCAGCACCCAAGACUUCAGUGCCUACUUCCUCUGAACCCAGAUCUCCAUUAUAUAGUAGUGCGGAAACUGUAUUCUCACCACAAACUCCACAUGGGGACAUAGCAGAAGUGGAUUCUGUAUUUCCAGAAAAGAAGACUGAUUAUAGUUACCCUUAUUCCUGGAGUCUGGACACUUUCUCUGUCUCUCGAUUAUCCAUGGCAGAUAAAAGUCUACAGUUGUCCUCACAACGACCCAGUUCCAGACUGCCCUCUAUGUCAAUUAUGACACCCCAGCCAUGGGGAAGCCCAAAACCUAUGUCCCCAACUGUUUCCCGAGCAACCCCCAUCAAUCCCUUGAGCACACUUGCCGAUGUGUCAUCACCUGUCUCCCAGAAAGGUCUGACUGAGACACUGCUAAAGGACUUUGAGGACAGACGUGUCAAACUGAAGCUGGAAGAAAGUGCAUACGCUGGGAUCCAACCUGUUGAUGCCGUAAAUAACGAGGUCGUAGAGGCCACCCGUGUAACAAGGCAUAAAAACCAACGAGCCCUGCAGUGGGAGGCUGGCAUGUACGCCAACCAGGAGAGCUAAUGAAUCGUCAUCGACCUAACAGGAUGCACACCUGAAAUCAUCUUCAGACAAGGAUGACUUAAUGGACUAGUUUUAAUACCAUAUUUCACUUACAGACACACUACUUGCGCCACCUCACCAUAUAAAGUCAAUGAACGUGAAACAUGGAUGGGCAUCUCAUUCACAGUUUUGCUGGCUGUUUAGAAUCAACUGGCAUGGUGGAAAUAGUGUAGGUGUGGAGAGCAUCUUGCCUGCUUGGGGUGAAUUGUAUGCAUUCGCUUCUACAGAGAAGCUCUUGCAAAUGCAAUAAUGAAAACUUUCUUUAUCUCUUUCUCCGCCCAGUAGAUUAACAGUAACAUUUAACUAUCAUUCUUUAUUCUUAAAAAAAAUACACAUUUAUAAAAAAUGAAAAUAAAACAUCAAACUGUAUAGUGCAGAUUUUUCAAUGACCUUCAUCAGUGCUUAAAUUGAUAGGUCAGCCUGCUUUUUAUAUGAGGAAUAAAACAAAUGAAGAAAAGUAUAAUCACAGAGCCAGGUUCCUACGUAAAGAGGAGGGCCUAAGAAAUCUGGACCUGGACAUGAACUCAUUAACACACACAAGCCUGUUGAUCUAACAAAGGUCUCCGCUUUGAACUAAUAUUGAAUCUUGCUUUUAACUGAAAAAUGUAAAAUAUUAAUAGAAUAUUCAUUUUGUAUUGAAUUUUGAAGAUUCAAAAAGUUGCUCUGGAGAUUUUUGCAGUAUUGUAAAUGUGAUAUGAGAAUUGUCUUUUUUUAAAGAAAAAAAAGUCCAAUCUACUUAAAGAUUAUACAUUGUAAGUUAUGUCAUCAUCACUCAGAAGAGUUUUGUUUCAAUAAUAGUCUGGUAUAUCAAAAUUAACUUAAUAGAUGUAUUAUGUGUUGUUAACCUAAUAAUAAAAAUAAUGAUAAUACACUAAUAUUCAAAAUAUUUAAUAAAAUGCUUGAUUUUAGUAGAGAUGUUUCAUUUAGUCAAAAAUAUUUAUUACAUUUUUGUAUAAUAUAAGAUUUGCUACAAGAGUCAAGAGACUGGAGAGUGAUUCCCAACCAGUGGUACUGCAAAA